AGGCCACGCCUCCGACCUAUCGCCAGCUUCCGGAGUCCGGGUCGUCUCUCUUGCGCGUGGUCCUUGGUGCAGCCCUCCUGGGUCUGCAGGCCUCUCCGUCGGGAUCCCGCUCCCCGCCGGCAUGAACCGCUACCUGCUGCCAGUGUCCAUGCUGGGCACCGCGGUGGGCGGCGCUGUGCUGCUGAAGGACUAUGUCACCGGUGGCAUUUGUCCUAGCAAGGCCACCAUCCCCGGGAAGACGGUCAUUGUGACGGGCGCCAACACGGGCAUCGGGAAGCAGACCGCCUUGGAACUGGCCAGACGAGGAGGCCGAGUCAUCCUGGCCUGUCGGGACAUGGAGAAGUGUGAGGUGGCGGCCCAGGACAUCCGCGGCGAGACCCUCAACCCCCGAGUGUCUGCACGGCACCUGGACCUGGCUUCCCUGCGGUCUGUGCGUGAGUUCGCAGCGAAGAUCAUCAAAGAGGAGGAGCGUGUGGACAUUCUCAUCAACAAUGCAGCCGUGAUGCGCUGCCCACACUGGGCCACCGAGGACGGCUUCGAGAUGCAGCUGGGCGUCAACCACCUGGGUCAUUUUCUUUUGACAAACUUGCUGCUGGACAAACUGAAAGCCUCAGCCCCGUCUCGGGUCAUCAACCUCUCAUCCCUGGCACAUGUUGCUGGGCACAUAGACUUCGAUGACUUGAACUGGCAGAAGAGGAAGUAUAACACCAAGGCUGCUUACUGUCAGAGCAAGCUGGCUGUUGUCCUCUUCACCAAGGAGCUGAGCCGGCGACUGCAAGGCACUGGUGUGACCGUCAAUGCUGUGCAUCCUGGCGUGGCCAGAACAGAGCUGGGCAGACACACUGGCAUGCACAACUCCACUUUCUCCAGCUUCACACUUGGGCCUGUCUUCUGGCUGCUGGUGAAGAGCCCCCAGUUGGCGGCCCAGCCCAGCACCUACCUGGCGGUGGCGGAGGAACUGGAGGGUGUUUCUGGGAAGUACUUUGAUGGACUCAAAGAAAAGGCUCCAGCCCCCGAGGCUGAGGAUGAGGAGGUAGCCCAGAGGCUUUGGGCUGAGAGUGCCCACCUCGUGGGUUUGGACGUGGCCCCUGAACCUCCCCACACAGGGACAGUCCUGCCCCAGAUAACCUCAGGAACAGGUUUGAAAGCCCCCUCAUUCUCCAGUGUAGAGCGGCAAGAUCAAGGAUGCUGACAGCCACAACUUAAUCAGCCUCUGGGGGCAGAAUGGGCCCUGUGAGCCUCAGCGCCAGGGGCUUGGUUGCUGUGCCCUCACUGUCCUCUGGGGGCAGUGUUGGCACCACAUGAAUUUAAAAGACAAGGGAUGGAGGCUGCUAUGCCUGCACUGUCCUCUAGGGGCAGUGUUGGCCCCCUCACCAGUAGCCAAGCACAGCAGACUGGACCACUGGUGGGCACCUGACUUGGGGCUGUGGGCUGUGUACACGUCUGUGAAUGUGUCUUCUGUGUCUCUCUGAGCCUGGGUCCCUGCUCCUGCCAUGUGCACUGUGGUGAUUGCCCUUGGGCGGUGUGGUCGGUGAGCUCUGCUGGCUGAGGUGGGCACUGGUACCUAUUUGCAGUUUACUGGGGGCUUCUGGGCCAGAGUCAGACUGUGGUGCUGGGAUUCCCCAGGGAGGCUGGCACAGACCCUGGCCUACUCACUGUGCCUGCCUGUGUCACCACCUUCCCUCAGGCUCUAGGAUGUGCUCUUCGAUAAUAAAACCCCCCAAAACUACCAGAAUCACGGGUUCUGUUUCCCUCCAUGUGUGGGAAGUGAGUGGAGUGCACCCUCAUGCAUCUACUCAUGUAGGACUCACAGACACCGACUCACCAUUAGCAGAGCAGCAGACCACGCAGCCCCUCCUGGAGGUGGAAGCCGCCUAGCUCCCAGACUGGGCAUCUUCAGGACAGAUGUGUUAGAGCUGGGCACGGUGAGGGUGAGGUCAGGUGGGCUUUUGCUGAGCCAUAGAGGUAAGGGUGCUCCAAGGUGCUCAGUAACCAAGUGUAAAAAAGUGCUGGGAUCUGUAUGCUGGGUUGCACACCUGUAAUCCCAGCACUUGGGAGGCUGAAGCAGGAGAAUCACUGUGAGUUCGAGACCAGCCUGGGCUACAAAGUGAGUUCAAGGCCAGCCUGAACUACAUAGUGAAACCCUGUUUCAAAUGGACAAGAAAAAAAAAAGUGUUGGGAUCUAGGGGGAGGUGGGGACAUGGUGUAGUGUUGUGUGACACAUAGGACAGCCUACGGCACUAGGUGUUGGCAGCCCCAGAGAGCAGGCCUGGAUGGCCACCCAAAGCUUUAUAAAUGCAGUUCACUUUCAUUUUGCUUUUCCGUUUUUUCCAUCAGUACCUGUUGCAGGACACAGUGAUCACAUUCCUCAUGGGGAAUGGGGACAUGGACACCACACAUCUUAACUUGGCUUUUCAUCUCCUUGACCUCUUUCCCUGCCUCUGCCUCCAACUCUUCAUCCCCUUCCUAUUUGCAAAAGGUCUCUCUAUUUCCUGUUAUCUAUUUUUUAUUUAGCUUUUGUUUUACUCUGGGUUUCUCAUAUAAAUGAAAUGGUAUGACAUUCAA